AUGAAUUUUCUAGAUUUAGCAUCCGAGCUGAUCCACGAGAUUUUGCUUGAAGCCGCCCUCAAACGAUCGCUGAGUGGAAAAGUCGUUAAGACUUCAGCUUGUCUGCAGGAUCUCCGCGGAGGUCUGGAGAAGCAUACUCAUCUCGGAAAUCUGGAAAUAGUGAGGUAUAUCCUUGAUGGAGGAAUCAAGAUUCACGACUGGCUCGGCGGACCAUCACUAGAAGCAGCUUGCAGGGAAAAUCAUGAAGAUGUCGUUGAUCUUCUACUUGAGCGUGGUGCCAACUUAAACGUCUAUUACGAGAGAAAAGAAAGAUUGGGAUGGCUAGGAGAUCAAAUACUAUGCGUAGGAGCUGAAGGAAGCGAUUUGCGAAUUGGUUAUGCUGAAAUUCCGUUGGCCUUAGAGGCUGAUCUAGGAUAG